AUAACAGUAGUUUAUCUGCGGGGGUGCAAGCGCUUUGCCGAUGUUCUCAGAAAGAGUUGCCAGUGGUAUAAUAAAUGCGUGUUAAUCCUAUACUCAGUCGACGAAUCGGAGCACUGCGGACCGUAACAUUUCAUUGGGACAAUCACUAAAGAUAUCUAGCGUUUGCAGCAACUUCAUCACUGGCCUACAGUAGGUAACCAAACACGGUGAAAAGCGAACAAGAUACGACAGGCGAAACUGCUAACGGAGCAACGCAAAGGGGCUAUAUUGUAACGGCUUGUGCAAGACUAGUCGGUGGCUUCGAAGACAUGGCUGUGGUGCCUGGAAAGACGAGUCGUGGGUUGGUGUGGCUGUUACUUUUCCUGGUGGUUACAGCAGUGUGUCUACAGCCGUGUCACGCGAACAGAAAAUGUUCAGUCAAAGGCUGCAUGAUACACUUCGGCAAAAGAAUAGCCCCGCUAUUGGAGGAAGAUGCUGAACCAGCCACGGAUUACCUAACAUCCAAGGAAUACCAACAGCAAAGGCAAAGGAAUCUCAAUAUGCUCCGCUUAGUGGAGAGACUCCUGUCGGGCGGCAUGACGUCACGAAAUUCACCCCUUGACAACGAGACGGAAUGAUUUGGACGUUGCUAGGAUACCGAGUCAACAAUGGAAAUAAUCACGAGUAUUGAGGGGGCAUAUCAAGAUUUUGUUUUUGGUUCUGCGUUUCAUGCUAUAACUUCUUUGUGUCCUGUCUUAUGGCGACCAUCCAUCUUGAUUUUCCGUAAAGACACAUGAUGAUGUCAAUACUUUUCAACCUUUUUUUCUGGCUCUUUAAACUGAUAUGGAGACACUUCAAUUAAAACCGGUUCAACGUGUAACUUUGUGUAGAUAAGAGAAGUGAAAAUACAGCUGUUACUGUUUUUUCUUCAUUGCCGAUAGUACGGCGCAUGUGCAUUGCAUAAUAAGCCGUUUACGUGGCUUAGCCCAAUAAUGAUACACCUCACCAAAUAUUUUUUGAGCAAGGCACGAAGUCUGGCUCGAGGUCUUGGUACUAGACCACGAUGUCCGCACUGUCAGGACUCGCAUCCCAUGUCUGGCUUUCUUUGAUUUAUUAUUUGCAGGCAAUCCAGUUUGCAAAGUCUUGCAUAAAAACAAAUUCAAAAUUCACACAGCAUUACAGCUCUUGCGCAAAAUAUAAACAUCAUGUAUUGGACUAAAAAGGAAUUACUUUGAAGCAUGGACGGUCAUUUUGAUAAUGUUUAAGAAUCACAUUUGAACACAUUCAGUAUGGUUUCCUUUAAAUUUAUCGAAAUGUUUGAGCUUGCAAAAUGAAAAGUGUUAAGAAGAAAAAAAAGACAAUUGUUUAUUCACGACCGGGUUAAACGUUUAGAUUGUUAAAGUAUGUCAGUUUUAAUUGUUGGCAUAUAAUUGCAUCCAACUGGACUGAGACGAGUUUAACUUGACAUUUAAGGACAACAAAGUAAGAGUCUUAUCGUGUAGUUUAUGACGGGACUACUGCUCAACGUAAGCUAACCAUUAUUCCGCUGGCACAAAUUGCGUCUGAAAUGGAAUAAUUAUGUCCACACAUUCUUUCUGCUUGUAUAUUUGCAUUUGUUGUAAUUUAAAGUCUUCUUUGAAAGGUAUAGUUUUGUAGGAAAGAAUAAGUUUUCUGGGAUUAAAUGCACACAAAAACUGCAUGUAAAGUGUCAUUUUUGUAAGGACCUUUUACACUCGUGCCGAACUAAAUAAUUCAAAAGAUUUGAAUUCAGUCCGCCAACAAAUUGACGUUUGAAACGAUUAGGAGCGACUACACGCGAAAGAUCGACUGCUGGACUCGGAAUUGGAAGUUGACAAACUAGUUCCCUUGGCUUCGCCCUAGGAACUAGUUUGUCAACUUCCAAUACCGAGGGGAGCUAAUACCAACUAUCCACCCUCAAACCAUGGUAUAUUAAUUUGUAUUAAACUGUUUGUUUAGGCGCGAUACAGAAAUGGGUAACCCGACGUGGCAGUGGUAAAUUAAAAAGUCACGAUUAAUUGAACAAUUAAUUAUUAUGAAUGAUCAAAAUAAACCAAGCUGUUCGAAAUAAUAGUCUUAAUUUGAUAUCAAAUAUUCUAAUAGAAUAGUUGGACCAUUGCCAGUACUAACGUGGAUUCAUCAUGACGCUAUAACACGAUAAUAAUAAUUAAAAAAACAGCUAUGGCAUUAAUAAAAAAAAACCUGAAGAGUAAAAUGAUUACUAUCCACCUAUAUUUGUAACAUAGCGAGAGAAUGUAGACAUAGAUGAUAUUAAGCACAGUGUGUUAAUUGAUAGAUAGCUCGGUUUCUUCAUAGUUAUUUUAUGCUUUGUACAUAAGCCAUGCUGUGCACACCCGCAGUAUAUAACACUGUUAAAAAGAGGAAGAACCUGAACCAUUCACAUUUUGUUUGUAAUUUAUUUCGAAGACGUGUAUGUUUCUAACAUUAGUACGGUCUGGUGCAUCUAAAGGGCAUUAAUUUGUCACAUAAAUUAUUGAACCGUCAAAACGUAAAGCUAUUUAUUGACAAAUUAUUGUGUCCAGCAAAUUGAUAAAUAUAAACUUCGUUCCCGCUUUAUUUAUUCAUCAAAAUACACCAAGCGAAUUGUUGUUAUAUCCUCUAUAGAUGAAACCAAGUGGGGCUUUUAAGCCGAGGCGAAUGAUGUGUUAUUUGUGAAUAAAUCAAACGUAAGAGAUUGCCAAAUGA